CUCUGACAGACUUGAGUUUCAGUUUCAGCUACUUUUUUUCUUUCAAUUAACCCCCCCUUAUGUUUUGUUCGAAGAGCAUAAGAUAGUUCGUGGAACUUUUGCAGAAGAUUUUUUAGAUUCCACUGCAUUUCCAAAGGAAUUCGUUGUGCAAGUUCUAUUAUGGCCAGUGAUACUCUUGUAAUCUCCAAUGGCAAUGGGAACGGCAAUGUCAAGCCACAACCGAAUCCGCAAAGGACUUACCAAGCAGUAGUUAUUGCAACCCAAGAUAUGGGCAUUUCUAAGGAUGGAAAAUUGCCAUGGACAUUACCUACUGAUCUCAAGUUUUUUGAGGAGAUCACGACCAAAACAUCUGAUCCUGCAAAGAAGAAUGCCGUUGUAAUGGGUAGAAAAACAUGGGAGAGUAUCCCUCCUGAGAGCAGGCCACUUUGUGGUCGGCUUAAUGUUGUUCUGACUCGCUCAGGUAGCUUUGAUAUUGCAACAGCAGAGAAUGUUGUUAUAUGUGGAAGUGUGUCUUCUGCUAUGGAACUGUUGGCUGCUUCUCCUUACUGCCUGUCAAUUGAGAAAGUAUUUCUUACAGGAGGUGGCGAGAUAUUUAGAGAGGCUCUUAAUGCACCUGGAUGUGAAGCUAUCCAUAUUACAGAAAUUGAGGCAAGCAUUGAGUGUGACACUUUUAUGCCUCGAAUUGAUUCUUCUGUGUUUCAUCCAUGGUACUCAUCAUUCCCUUUGGUGGAAAACAACAUCCGCUAUUCUUUCAUCACUUAUGUGCGUGUAAGGAAUUCUGCAGCAGAGUCACCGAGUCAGAGUACUGAUCCAGUUUUUGAUAAUAGUUCAGACUCUAUAAAAUUUGAGGUCCAGAAAUUUUCUUUUCUUCCUAAAAUGAUUUUUGAGAGACAUGAGGAGUACAAGUAUCUUAGGUUGGUUCAAGAAAUCAUUUCCGAAGGUACAACUAAGGAUGAUAGGACAGGGACUGGUACCUUGUCAAAAUUUGGUUGCCAGAUGAGGUUUAAUCUGCGCAGAAGCUUUCCACUUCUAACAACGAAGAAAGUAUUUUGGCGAGGGGUUGUUGAAGAACUUCUUUGGUUUAUCAGUGGCUCAACGAAUGCCAAGGUGCUGCAGGAGAAAGGCAUUCAUAUCUGGGAUGGCAAUGCAUCCAGAGAAUACCUUGAUGGCAUUGGUUUGGCGGAAAGGGAGGAGGGUGACUUGGGACCUGUUUAUGGGUUUCAGUGGAGGCACUUUGGUGCUAGGUAUACUAACAUGCAUGAUGACUAUUCCGGCCAAGGAUUUGAUCAGCUUUCAGAUGUUAUUAACAAGAUAAAGCAUAAUCCUGAUGACCGACGGAUCAUUCUCUCAGCGUGGAAUCCAUCUGAUCUUAAAUUGAUGGCACUUCCACCAUGCCACAUGUUUGCACAGUUCUAUGUAGCAAAUGGGGAGUUAUCGUGUCAAAUGUAUCAGCGAUCUGCCGACAUGGGCCUGGGUGUGCCAUUUAAUAUUGCAUCUUAUGCGCUCCUGACAUGCAUGAUUGCUCAUAUUUGUGACCUUGUUCCGGGUGAUUUUAUCCAUGUUAUUGGGGAUGCACAUGUUUACCGCAAUCAUGUCAGGCCUUUGCGGGAACAGCUCCAGAACCCGCCAAAACCUUUUCCGAUUUUGAAGAUAAAUCCAAAGAAGAAGAAUAUAGAUUCUUUUGUGGCUGCUGAUUUCAAGCUGUUAGGCUAUGAUCCUCACCAGAAGAUAGAAAUGAAGAUGGCUGUUUAGGAAUCUCUGAGAUUCUCUGUCCCUUUUUCAUGCUGUCAUGCUUUUUUAAAUGAGGCAUAACUAUAGGAGGUUUAUGUUAAAGAUUGUGACAAAUAAAAGAACUACUAGUUGUUGGACAUACAUACUACGAGUUUUGCAUAUGUUGCUAUUGGGAAUUCUUUAGUUCCUUAUGUAUCGUGGCUCUAAGGGGAUACCGGUUAACUGCAUUUUCAUUUAUUUCCAAUGUAGCCGCUCCGGUGUACUUUUGAGGGAUCAGCAACUUGAUGUUAAGAUUAUAGGUAUCAUGUGUUGGCUAUUUAGUUGCGAUUCUCCACCCCCACCCGGCCCCAACCAAAAAAGCGGAUAGAGCUGUUGGAUGUUUAUUUGUUACAUCACUUGAUACUCUCAGUGGUUUCUUAUUUUUGGAUCGCCUCUAUAUGUUGUACUUGCCAACUUGCCGUAAUGAUUUGGAGAGAUCAAUCCAGAAAUGGGGAUGAAGUAUCUAAAAAGUAAAAUGUAAUACAUGUUAUGUUAUUAUUGGAGAAC